AGCGAGGACGGGUCGAUUGACACCUCGGUGAGGAAAGACUCGGGGCCAGCUGUCACGGCGCGCGAAAGAUCAAAUUUUCUAUUCGGUGUGUAGGAACGGGCGGGAGGAAGAGGAGCACCUCGGCUAAACACUUUCUAAAUGUGCUUUAAACGACUGAAAUAGCUUCUGUCGCACGGACAUUAACUUCUCGACGUCUGCUGUGGCUGCUGAGAUACGGCGGAGGGUUGUCCGCGCUGGUUUAUUUCACAAGAAGAGCGUAAACUAGCCGGCGGACAAAGAUGAGCCUCGUCCACUCUCAACACCAGGCAGAAGGGCUCCCAGUUGUGCCCCCAACUGCAGCAGAGAGCGAUUCAGACAGCGGGAUGGGCUCUCCAGCAGAGGAGAUGGUGACGGUGACAGCCAACAAUAGAGAAGAGCUUCCAGAUUCUGAUGAUGAUGAAGACAUCACAGUUCACAGAAAGCCACAUCGUAACGCCAUCCGAGACAGUGACAGCGAGGAAGAGGGCGCAGCUGCAGAUAACAGUGUUCACAUGGCUGAAGCACUUGUCUUAUCCGCUUCCAGUGGAGAUGAGAUGGAGACUGGAGAGGCGGAAGAGAAGAGUGAGAGGAAAGAGAAAGGAGGGCAGAAAACAAAGAGAAUACGCCACGCUCCUAUUGACAGCGAAGACAGUGAGCCUGAACAGGAGCAACAGGAGGAUGUGAGGAAGGAGAAGGAAUCGACAAAGGAGCAGAAGAAGAGGGAGAAGAGUCAGAGACAUCGGGAGAAAAAGGAGAAGCAUAGCAAAGCUGUGGAAAAACUGAAGAAGAAGAAAGACAGAUUCUCUGAAACAGAUGAGAACACGCCUCCUGCUCGGGCUCUGAAUGACAGUGGGUGUCCGCUGGGUGACAACGACCUGUUUGACACUGGUCUGGGUGAUGAGGAAGAGGAGGAAGAAGAGUCUCUGGAGGCCAUUAGAGCUGCUGUCAAGCAGAGGAUGAAAAAACAUAAGGAUCCUCUCCUGAAUGAGGAAGAUGAUGACGAGGAGGAUGAAGUGGCAGCAGAGAAGCCCCAGCGUGUGGAGAGGAAAGCUGCACGAGCCAGCAAAGAGGCAAUGAAGCAGCUCCACAGUGAGUCCCAGAGGCUGGUCAGAGAGUCCGAACUUGGUCUGCCGUACCACAUCCCUGAGCCGAAGACCAUUGACCAGUUCUUCAAGAAGAGAGCCCGUCCAGAGGGUUCUGCCAUGGCACUGUUGAAAUCCACCAAGUAUUCAGCCGUGAUGUUGGAGAAACCGACACCUCCCACUGAUCCACCCAGUGAUUCUGUGCAGCCAUCCACAGAGCAGGACUCUUCUCCCUCUCUGGAUCUGUCCUCCACUCAAAUCCAGCCUAUACAUCACCCUGCUGCCACCUCAUCCCCGCAGCAAGAGAGACUCAGCGAGGGCCAAGAAGCCACUGAGAGCUUAGAUCCCGAGCAGGAAUCUGGACCGAUGCUUUACCUCUCUGAGAGUCUGCAGGAGUCGCUCCCAACAGAUGCAGUAGUGAGAUAUGACCCUGGAGAAGAAAUCUCUGCUGCGUCUUUAGAACAAAGCAAGACUGUAGUAACGUCUGAUUCUGAUGCUCUGCAAAAAGAGGCGAAAUCUGAGGUUGUGUAUGAGCCUUUAGCCACUCAGUGUGGGAGCACUGAUCCAGCUGCAGCAGAGCCUUCACCACAGCAACACACUAAACCCAAGAAGGACAAAUUUGCCAUGCUUAAAAAGCUUGGACUGGACCCCCCACCUGUUGUUAAAUUGUGCCCAGAUGAUGGAGCCUUUGUUCAACUCGAGCCUCCAGAGCUCAACCCUGGUCUGGAGGCCCUGAAGAACCGCUUCCUUCGUCAUGUCAAGGCACCCACGCGUCCUCAGGGAGAGCGGACAUUGCAGGUUAACAUCAUCCGUAAAGACAGCACGCCAUCCGGUCAGGAAGAGCUGCACACUGAGUCAGUCACUGUCACUGUUAAAGAGGGAGCAGAGGAGCCUGUGGUGACCAAACCAGGAGAGAAGCUGCUGACUCUGAAGCAGCGCCUGCAGCUCGCCAUGGCCCAACGGAGACAGGAGGAGAGGGCACGCAAGGCCGAGCUGAAUCGCCUUGACAAUGAAGAAUGUGGGGAGGAUGAAGAGGAGGAGGAAGAUAUGACAGAUGAUUCUGAGGAAGAAGAGGGUCUGGAUGAAUUACUGGGAGGUGAUGAAGGUGCAGCAGAGGAGGAGGAGGAAGGCAGUGUGGCCCAGAGUGUCAGGAGCCCUUCUCCUGCAGCACUGAAUGGACCCUCACCCACUCCUUACCCAGUUAGCACAGAUGGCACACUCUUGCUCUUCCCGGGCAACUCAUGCUCUCGCACAGGUGAUGGUGUAAGAAGGUCUGGUCCUUCUGGACAGGACAGCAGCAAUAAAAUGGAAGAGGACGACUCUCUGUCCCUGGUGAAAGAUAACAGCCACAACAGCAGCUUCGAACUUGCUGGAUCUAUGAUAACCUCCUACCAGCCUGUCAGUCAUCAGCGCUCCGCAGGGAGAAACAUCCCCAAUUCCUCAAUUUUCCGCUCCCCAUCUCCCUGCCUCUUCAGGCCCAGCUUUCUCGGCUCUGCCUCCAAGAGUUCAGGAAAACUCUCCGAGCCCUCUCUUUGCCUCCCUGUCGAGGACUCCCAAGACUUGUAUGCACCUCCAUCUCCAGGAGCAGAUUCAGGGCCUCUGGGUGGAGCAGCUUCUGGUCCUGGUCUGGGAGGAGACUCUCAGGGUCGCUUCUCCCUGGAAGACGACACCCAUUCUCAGUUACUUGACGCAGAUGGCUUCCUUAAUGUGGGGCCGCGCCCCGGUGCGCCUCGCUCUCACAAGAGACAGUUGAUCCUGGACAGCCUGGAUGAAAACGCAAUGGACGCCAACAUGGGGGAGCUGAUGGGUUUGUGUUCGGGCGUUUUUGGGACAGCGGAGAGCGGCUCGAGUCAGACCAAAGGUCUUGGAUCUACACAGGAGGAUGAGCUGCUCGGGUUGUGCUCGGGAGCCUUUCCACCAACACAGGCUGGAGAGGAGCAGGUGGAAACGGAGAAGAGUAAAGAAAGAGGAGAGGAUGAAGAAUCUGAUAAUACCAUGGAUCAGCUGCUCGGACUGUGCUCAGGGAAAUUUCCAAGUCCAGGUUCUUCUCGUUCAGCUUCACAGACACAAGACAGUAAAACGAAGCCAGAGGAGGAAGAGCAGGAGGAGGAAGAGGACUGCGAGUUCCGACUUCUGUCAGAUGUCGAAAGUGAACAGGAGGAGGACAAUGAUGACGAUGAUGGAGAGGAUGCAGAUGGGGAUGAGGCUGAAGCCGGUGAGGAGGAUGGCGAUGAUAUAGAGGAGGAGGAGAUGCAGGGAGUGUUCGCAUCCCAUCGGGUUAAGAAGAAGAAGAAGAAAAUGCGUCUGACCGACUACUUGGACUCGGAGGCUGAGUUGUCAGGCAGCGACCUGGGCAGCGAUGAUGAGGACGGAGACGGAGAGAGUGAAUACGAGGAGGAGGAGAUUCUAGAAGACCUCCCCUCUGAUGAAGAGCUACAGGACCAGGUCAACAAGAUCCACAUGAAGCAGAUAAUGGAUGAUGACAAGCGUCGUCUGAGGCUCUACCAGGAGCGCUACCUCGCUGAUGGCGACCUGCACUCUGACGGUCCGGGACGAGCUCGACGCUUCCGUUGGAAAAAUAUAGAUGAUGGUUUCAACGUGGACGGGACGGGAGCAGAGGGUGAGGAAGAUGAGGAGGAAGAUGACGUGGACCUGUCUGAGGUCCAGAGGAGGAAGGAGAGACUGGAGAGGGAACAGUGGCUCAGAGAACAGUCUGAACAGAACGCCAAGAAAGGGGAAGAUUUGGAUGCAGAUGAUGAGAAGAUUGGAGAGGAGGACAGUCACUUCAUGAAGCUUGCCAAGAAGCUCACUGCCAAGACCCUGCAGAGAAAAGAAUCUUCUGUGGCACCACAACCAGAGAGGAAGACCUCAGCAGCUCUCAACCCCUUCCAGAAACCCUCACAGCCCUUACAGGUGAGAAGAGGCUCGCUACUGAGUCAGCCUCACUCCGUCCUCCAGAAGCUGGCGUCAAUCUCAGAAGGGAAUCCUCUGGCGCCCAGAAACAGCCGAGGAUUCCUGUUUCAGACUCUGUCUCCCGAGAAGGACAGCUCGACCUCAGAUGCUCCCCAGAAACAGAUGAUGAUGAAGAAGAGGGGGCCGGUGGGAGCCGUGAACCCGGCAGCAAAGAGGGUCUGCAGGGAGAACACACCUGCUGGACAGACUAAAGGCCCCCAGAGGAGCAUCUUCAGCUUCCUCGGCCACUGAGGUCAAAACACACUAACAGAAGGAUAAUCAUCAUCAUCAUCAUCAUCAUCAGAACUGACUGACCUCAUCACAUGUUUCACCAGUAAGACCUCAAGAUGAAGGAGGAGGGGGGAAAUGAUAAAGAUCCCUCUGUGAAACACAAAUACAGAUACUUGUAUGUUUACAUUGCCUUUAAAUGGCGACCUGAGAGCACCACUGACUCAUCUGCUGAUGUUUUUCCUCACACACACACAUCAGCUGUUCACUUUUGUCUCACUUUUUAAUCAUUUCUGCCUGGACUGACAGACGUCCACCAAGAAUGUUUUUAUCAUGUAAAUAGGAUUGAUUUGGUUGUUAAUGAUAGGGGAUAUUUGUAUGAUGAUUGAAAUGUAUUUGUUUUACGUUGUAAAUAAAAGUGUAUUUUAAGA